UCAGAGGCGCGCGCGCGUUGCACCUUUUCUUUUCCCCGUGUCGUCGCGCGUUUUGAAUAACAUUAAGGCCAAACAAGACAAGGAAGAUGCCAAGUCCGUGGGACCCGGUUGUCAUCGCCCCGCCCGCACCUCCGACCCCACUCGACUGGGAAAUGCCAACAACCCCAACACCCGCGUCCUCCGUCAUGUCCACAAGCUUUGCUUUGCAGAUGCUGUCGGCUUUGCGCUCUGCUGUCUCCUUUGGUGGGGACGUGACGCCGUCCAGCCUCGUGAGUUUCUACCACUCUUGGAGACACCUGAAGGCAGACGCGACCUCCGUGGAUGUGCCGACACAGGGCGCGUUUGACCCCGACGAACAAGAAUACUACACGUCCUUGUUGAUCAUUGCUGGCUUGUUCGUGGUAGCGUUUCUUCUCGUCGCGCUCUGGGCCGUAUUUUGCAUGUGCCGCGCCUACAGGCGCAACAGCAAUGACAGCAGCAGCAGCAGCGAGAGCAGCAACAACAGCGAGGGCAUCUCACAGAAGCGAAGUCGCCGCAUCAAGAUUGCGUGUCUCACGUGCGGACUCGUUGCCAUAGCUACCGCGGCUGCGUGCAUCUACCCGAAUGUUUCCAUGAACGGGAUGGUGUCUAACACCGUUGCCGGCUUGGAGAGGCUGGUGAAUCGAUACAACGCUGCAUUUCUGCGCGUUACCAACCUGGGAACACAAGCCACAGACACGUUGGUGACCGCCCACAACCUCCAAGGCGACCUGGACGACGCACGGCAGGGUGUGCAGCAGGCGCUUGAAGAUGUUGUGACAAAUACAACCAGCCUGCAGUCGUUGCUGUCUUCUGUUGUGCAGGCUGUGCCUUCAUUUGAGUUUGACACGUUUUACUCUGAUGCGGAGCGUUUCAACCGGUAUCGCUCCAUUGCCGAGUUUGGGCUGAUUGGCCUCAUGGUCCUGGUCAUGGCCCUCUCCUUGGCUGCCCUCGUUUGCGGCACCUUUUGCCAGCGCAUAUCAGCAACCGUCAUCUGCAUCCUUCUCCUUCUCAUUGUGAUGGCGGUUGUCGGCGCGGAGAGCGCGGCCACUGUUGGCAUCUCGGACAUGUGCAUGCAGCCCAGCGCGUUUCUCAUUCACCAUUUUGCAGAGGGCGAUGAGUACGUGCAGUACUACCUGCUGUGUGAUCGUCCAAACCCGUCACAACAAGCCAUCGACCAGACUGAGCAGGCCGUUGGUGACGGUUUGCUGGCGGCGCAGCGCGUGUUGAACUACACACGGCAGCACGCUCCACAGUAUGAGUAUGAGGCCGCCUCGCUCCACCAGGACCUUCUGGAUAUCCAACAACAGCUGCCAGGUGUGGUGGGCAGAAUUGACUGUUCGGCCUUCUGGGAGCAGUACACGCGUGUCGUGGACGGCGUGUGUGAUCCAGCGACGACAAACCUGAGCAUCAUCGCAGCCUUGCGCCUGGCAAGCUGUGCCUUGUUCUUGGUUGUGCUUGUGCUUGCGUCAUGCACCUUGCAACACGAGCAGUCGCAGCAGCAGCAGCAGCAGGAACCACAACCACAACCACAGCCACAGCCACAGCCACGUGAAGGUGGACGAGAGCACACCACAACCGGGCGACCAGAAGGGGACCACCCCCGCCGCGUGCGACGCAUCGGUACCGAUCACACUGGGUCGUCGACCACGGACCCCAGCCCCAGCGACAAUAGUGGCAUGAACGAGGAGCACCAGAACGGCGGCGAUGACAGCCAAAACACGAUUCCGCCACCCACUGGCGUUCCUCACAACCAUAUCAACCAGCACCCAGGGACAGGACCAGGAGGGCGUACAUCCAGAACAAGGAUCACCACCACCAAUCCUACCAAUCCACAUGACCCUCCCUCGACCUUGGUCGAGCCCCUCCUGAUAUGGACCCGCAACAACGGUCGCGGGCGCAUCACCAACGACUCAGACAGUGAUGCGAGCGAUUCCGCCGCCAGCAGCAACAACUCCAGCCCUGGCCCGAUCAGUACCAUCAGCAUCACCAGCUUUCCCUCGAGCUUCAUUCUGGACUCACCGCGACCACUGCAGCCCCCACCUGCUCCCGUCCCAACGCACCCCAUUCCAUCGGCCCCUCCCAUUGAAGUUCCUGUCUCAACCACGAACAGCACAGACACAACAACCACCACCCUCUCCACGGAAGGUGGACAGGGGGGUGAUGAUGGGGAAAGCGACUCCUUGUGCCACAUCUGCUGUGAUAGGGAUGUGUCUGUCCAGUUGACAUGCCGCCACUGGCUAUGCUCCGAGUGUUCGAUCCGAAUUGCGCGCUUGAACGGCCGUUGCCCGUAUUGUCGAGCGCCGAUCACCAUCGACUUUGGUGCUCUGGACGUCGAGCAUGCGCCCACCCAGGACAUGCUACUCAACGCUGGCGUUCAAGGGUCAAGAGAGGAUGACAAUGGCACCAAUACCACACGAACUGAUGACGACGACGACGACGAUGACAGCAACAACUACCUCCUGUGCAAGAUCUGCUAUGAACAGUGA